AUGGCCAACGGAUGGAGUCUCCUGAUCAGCAUCCUCGUCGUCGUGGGCGUUCAACUCCUCGCCUGGUUCUUUAGCCCCAAAGGCGAGAACCAAACCGUCUGGCGCUCGACCGUCAUACUCUCUGCCGCGGCUUGUUGGCUUAUGUGGGCCAUAACAUUCCUCGCCCAGUGGCAUCCUCUCAUCGUCCCCGAGCGAAGCGAUUUACGGCCAGAGUUCAAUGGGGGAGUAAAGAGUGGCAGUCAGAUGUUCUAG